GUUAUUUACUAGAUCGAGAGAGAGCGAGAGAGAACGUGCAGGUUUUCGCGAGAGGAAAAAAAAAGGUUAUCGGGUUCAAGCUAGUUUUCUCAUCCGAGUUCUUCGGCCAAAAUGUCGGCACAAGUUUCACGAUGUUUUACAAGUAAAUUCUCACGAAACCGAUUUUUAAACUAACUAACAAUCAUUCCUGAAAACAAGAUCAUGAAUUCCCUGGAUUCUGAACCACCAUUUAGUGGUUGUGGAUCAGAAGGAGGGGGCUUCUUACCCAUGGGGGACUGUAUGAUGGGGGGAGCCGACCCCCUUCUCAGCCAAGACCCUCACAGCGUUCACAACACUUAUAACAGCUUAGCAGAUGAGGAAGUGAGCAACGACUUUCCUGAAGAAGAAUUGAUGCCUUCCAGCAGUCUGUACAGUCUUUAUCUGUUGCAUCCCAACUCGGACUCGAAGACAUCGCCCAAACAGAACCAUGAUUUCAACCAGUGUGGAAGCAAGGAGAGUGAGCUCAGGUGCAGUACCAACGGUAGGGCCAGCGAUUCUGAGGAGAACAUUGAUGUGCUGUCAGUGGACAGUCAGAGUCAAUCGACGCCAAACAGCAACGGUCUUGACCAUGAUGCCCUGUUUGAGGGAAUGCCCUUCUAUGAGCUCAAGGGGAGAGAAGUCGGACCAUGUGCGUACUGCAUGAUGUGGCGGGCGAUUCGAUUCCUCUCCUACUGUGGCAACUACCCCUUCUGCAGUGUGGCUUGCACCAAGAAAUUUGCUGUUUACAAAAGAGAGAAGGGAGAGCUCCUGGAGAAGACUACUGGAGACCUUGGGACAAACCAACACCUCAAUAAGGUACCAACACUUUUCGAAGAACACAAACCGCAACCGUUGUUUCCUCCGCGAUUCAACAAUCACAAGCAUUCCAGGUCAUCUAGUGUCACUAACAGCAUUCCCAAUGGUCAGAUGACCAACGGUCAUAGCUCCGAGGUCUUCGAUUGGUCAGAUUAUCUCCAAGCCCAUGACACUGAGGCUGCUCCGGUCAAGUGUUUCUGUCACGCACCCAUGUCACAGGAUUGGAAAGGUAACCUGAUAGGGGCGAUGAUAGAAGUGCACAAUCGAGAUCCUGAGGAAUCGCCCAACAGCUUCUGGGUAGCUAGGGUUAUACAGAUGGCAGGUUACAAGGUGAGGUUAAGAUUUGAAGGUUACGGCAUGGACAGUAGUCAUGACUUCACCCUUCAUCUUCUUAUGGCUGAAUGUUACUCUGUUAAUGGUGCUGUCAAAGCAGGUCACAUCAUGAAACCACCAAAAGGUGUCCUAGCUCGGUUAGGUAACGGUUGGCAGGAGCAUCUAGCUAGAGUUGCCCAUGCAGGAAGUCCUACCAUUGUGCUCCCUCAAAACAAGGAUUACCUGAUAUGUAAAUUCAAAACGGGCAUGCAUCUCGAGGCCGUUUACAAACAGCAGAUCUCCCAUACCAUUGUUGCCACGGUGACGGAAACCGUGGCUAAUCGCAUCCAUGUGCAAUAUGACGACUGUAAAGACCUUAGCAAGGAUUUCUGGUUCCAUGAAACCUCCCCGUGGAUCCAUCCCGUCGGGUGGUCGCAACGGGUCGGUCAUCCGAUCAUCUCUACUGCUGCAUAUAAAUCUGAGGCAUUGGAUAAAGGAAGGAACCAGAAAGCUGGGGAGGAUGAUGCACCAUGGGAUUUAUUCAACAUGCCAUCGUCCAGAGAGGAGACGCAAUUCCGCAUCGGGAUGAAGCUGGAGGUGGUCGACCCGCUCCGUCUCGGCACGGUGUGUGUUGCCACGGUGAUGCAAGUCCUGCGGGAGGGCUACCUGAUGAUAGGUGUGGACGGUUGUCUGGAGGAUACCAACAGCUGGUUCUGUUGCCACAGUACCUCCCCUGCCCUUCUACCCGUCGGAUUCUGUGAAUAUCAUAACAUUGACCUGCAGCCUCCAAGAGGUUCUGAUAGCAAUUUUGACUGGGUAGAUUACUUACGGAUGACAGAAUCUGUAUCAGCACCCAUUGAAAUAUUUCAUCAGAAAACUGUCGACCGAGGUUUCAAGGUCGGUCACAAGCUGGAAGCGGUAGACCUGAUCGAGUCCGGCUUCAUCUGCGUUGCCACAGUAACCAAGGUGGCUGGGCCGUUGCUAAGGAUCCACUUUGAUGGAUGGGAUAGAUCGUUUGAUCAGUGGAUGGACUGUGACUCGCCAGACAUCUGCCCAGUAGGCUGGUGUGAAAUGGUGUCGUAUCCGCUACAACCUCCGAGAAUACAUGAGUCCCAGGACUACAUCAGCAUCACACCAGUAUGCAAACCAAUCUCAAGGAGAAAGCACUAUCCUAGCGCAGAAAAACGAAGGAUGUUUCUCACCCCAGCCUUGGAGAAGAUGAGUAGACACACAAGCGAUGAGGCUCAGAAGAUGAUGCCAUCUGUCUAUUCCUUCUCUGAUGAAGAGAGUAACCACGAGAGGACAAUCAUCCCGCCUCCACCAAAGAAACAGCUGAUCAAGAAACCGCAGAACCGCACCAACCUCAAGUUAAAGAUGUCCAAGACAACUUUGAAGCACAAUGGGAAAGGCAGGCCUUACGAGGCGGCAUCUCAUCACAAUUAUGCAUUGCCAUCGUCCCGAGAAGGUAACAGCAACGCGCCGGGUCAGCAGCCGCAGGACAAUAAGGCAGAACCUGAAAAGAGCGUGCCGCCAGAACAGACACUCGGUGUGAAGACAGGGAGUAUGUUGAAUGGAUUCUUAAAGUCCGAGAACAUGGAAAAGGGGGAGUUCAUUGUGGAGGUUGAGAAAGGAAUUGUGGGGAACCAUUCCAAAGCAGAUGCAUCUAUAUCCAGUCUUGAUUCGCCUCCGCUGUCUGCAGAUUCUUCGUCGGGCUCUAUUGGGGCUGGUGCGUCUCAUCAAUCGGAGCAGUCGGAAUCUAGAGGUGAUCCGGAAGGUCCUGGCAAGUUCACCAUGAGGAACUGGUCCCACGUAGAACACAAACAGUGCACAAAGAUGCUCUCUUCAAGGCCGUUCAAAGACUUUGGCAAAGAGAAAAAUGAUGAGUUUGGCAUCGAGACAUAUGACUUUGAAGAUGCAUCUAUGGCACCACCUGUUCUUAUACCUAGUGUCAACAAACAUGAAAAGAAGAAAAAGAAGAAGAAAAAGAAGAAAAACAAAAAGAAGAAAGAUAAAGAGAAAAACAAAGAUGAUGAGGAACCGGAAAAAGAGAAGCACAAGAAGGAAGGAAAGAAAAAGAAGUCAAAGUUAGAUAAAGAGCGUAAGAAGGAGAGGAGGAAAGAAAAGGAAAAGGCCAAAGCAAAGGCUAGUCAGCUAUCAACCCUGUUGAAUCUGCCUACGGAAUUGCCUUCGGUCAUGCAAACCGACAUGGCAAGUAAUGAGGAAAAUGUGCUUAAUCAUAUUCUGAAUGACAAAAGCACGCCCCCUGGCGGACUGGACUUGAACAGAAUGUCAAAGGUGAAAUUUAGUAUGAACACUGGAAGCAAUCCUGAAACAAGUAAAGAUACGUCAGUCAGUGAGGACAAUAGAACUGCAUCAGACAAAGUCUCUACAUUAGACAGGCUUUUGGCUAAAUCUGUGGAUGAAAGUGUGUCAGGACGAGUAGCUCCUUAUACUGUGUAUAGUCAAACCCUGAAAUCGGAUAGUUCGGCGUUGACAAGCUUGCCAGUUGGUUCCAGCACAAAACCUCUUGAAUCACAGGCAAAGGACAGUAAUACCAGUAGAGAAUCAAAGCCAAGUGUGGGAUUUUCAUCUUUUGCAAACAAGGAUAUUGGAAAGCCGAAUGUGCCAAAGACAAAUUCUUUCAUCGACAAGACCAAGUCUAGAGACCUUACCCUCAAAGAGCGGCUUUCUAAAGAACUACAAAGUCCCAGUGAUGAUCCGUACAACUUUGAAGCUGAGCUGAAUGAAGAAGUGCCUGUCAGACCUAUCAAAGAGAAAAAGGCUUCAGCAUCUAACUCACGGAAAGAUACUAUGAAAGGUAGCUCUGCGAAAAAUGGGACGGUAUUGAAGUCUGGGCCAGACACCGCGGCACUCUUGGCUUCACAAGCCCAGGUCCAGAAAAUAAUCAAGGAUGUGAACACGUCACUGGCAUCCCAAGAACAUUCAAAGCCAGUGACUGUUUCUAAAGAGCAGGUAGGAAAGAAAGGCCCCGCUUCUUUGCCAACAUCGCGCGGUGGAAGAACGCAGAUUUCGGAGGAAGAUGAACUGAAAUUGAAGCAGUUGCGCUCUCUCUUCCUGCAGCAGGAGAAGAUUAGUGACAUUCUGACAAAGCAGCAAGCCAAGAGGAAGAGACGAGUUAGCAGCGAGGAGCAGUCUGGGAUAGCGUUGAUGAAUGCACAGGGUAUAACCCAGGUAGGGUUCUUGAACUCGCUGGAUGGUAGUACCACUCCUAAUCUCCCAUCUCCUCAGCAGCAGGAGAUAAUCAGGAUGAUGAUGCAAGGUCAAACCCAGAGGUCGCAUAUUCCUCCAUCCAGUCUGCCUCUCGGCCCUGAUCUAGCAAGUCCUUCUCAGCUUAGCCCUUCAUCCAACCCUGGUGUAUUCACUGGAUUCAGACCAACUGGUAGAGAUCUGUGCAAUAUGGUCGCCCUGUCAAGACCACCAAAAGAAUUCUGUAUGCCAGUGAACGUCCGUUCCCCCUCCCCCACUGCCAUGAUGCAAGGCCUCACCCAUCCCCCUCGCAUGUCCCCAACAAGUAUACCUCUAUCCAGUCCUACUUCCAUGUCUCCUACGAUAAGCAGACCUCCACCAACAUACAGGGCCCACUUAUCUCAGGCAUUGCGAAAUAUGCCAAGAUCCCCUGUAGACCCAAGAUCAGACUUCUUGCCGUUCCCUCCGCAGCACCGCAUGCCAAUUGACUCCAGCUUUCCUAUGCCACACCCCCAUGCCAACGCCCCUCAACGUCUACCCCCGCUGCAAUCGCUGCUAAUGCAGCCACGGUACCCGCCCCCACCGCACCCAAAGAAGUCCGCCUACCCAGCCCAAGCCAAUCAUUCCCUGGGUUCGCCACAGAUGUCCGGAGUGCCCCCACCAACACAUAUCCUGGCACCUCCACCACCGUCGGUUCCACCUCCGCCGUACAACCUUCACCAGGCCAUGGUCAACCAGCAGUCUCCACUGCCGAGCCCUCUGGGUCGCCAGGCUCCCUCCUCCAGUACCAGUAGCCCACAGAUGAGCCCUGCCACACCUGGUGAACCUGCCCUCACCACAGAACAGCCAACCACACCGAACGUCAAGUCACCCGGUGAGAAGAUGCCGAAUCCUUGGACGUGGGGGAUUCCGGAGGUGGUUCAGUUCCUAGCUGAGACCGGGGAAGGCUCAUGUGCAGAAUGCUUUUGCAGACAGAACAUCAACGGUCAAAAACUGAUGUCUCUUACCAAGGAACAACUGGUCAAACUGACAGGAAUGAAGGUGGCGCCCUCGCUCAAGAUCUACGAGCAGAUUGUCAAGCUAAGGUCCAGAUUUCCCAUCGGUCCUUCCCCGCAGUCAGACUCCAUGUCCAGAUGAUAGUCAAGUACUAGAGACCCUCGUAUUGUCAUACAUGUACUCUCAGUUUUGUUUUUAGGAAGUUUUCUGAAGUGUUUCAUGAAGUAUCUUGCUAUUGAUUCGCACUCACUAAUUUGUUCUCAGCCAAUCGGAUGGAAGGAUUUCAGUAGCUUUUAACAGCUUGUUAGUGAAAAUCACUGAGGGUUUGUUUCAUGAAACAGCUUGUCAGUGGUUUUCACUGACUAAAUUGUCCUGAGCCAAAUUUUAUUUUUUGUCACAACCCUGGUUGGUAGGGUGGGGCAAUUUAGCUUUAAUAGUUUGACCCUCCUAUAUGCCUCCUACUCCUGGGCUGUGUCUUUUAAAGAGUUACGAUUGAUCCAAUCAAUCAGAGCUAUGGAAAGCCAGUUAAAGGGGAAUCCAGCCUUGGCC